GCCCACUAUGAUUAAUGUGCUGCGAUUGGAAACGACAUUGUGUGGUCUAUCUUGGUUUGUUUAUAAAAAAAGAUUUGCUGCAAUGGCUUCCGCGGAGCCACAACCACGGUUUGGUCAAUCUGUCAAAGGAUUAUUGUCCGAUAAAGUGGGCUCCUGCAGCGGGGAUGUGAUCGCCCUGACUCGCCAGGUGCUAAAGGGUUCACGGAGUCAAGAGCUCCUGGGACAGGCUGCCAGAAACAUGGUCAUUCAGGAGGAUGCCAUUCUGCACUCAGAGGAUAGUUUGAGAAAAAUGUCCAUCAUCACCACCCAUUUGCAAUAUCAACAAGAGGCCAUCCAGAAGAAUGUGGAACACUCCAAAAACCUUCAGGAUCAACUGAGGCAUUUACUGAAGUGAAGUGUCUGCACUGAGACACUUAAAUGAAAGACUAUGAGCUGCUCCUGUCUGUGUUACCAUGUUGCUUCUUGUGAGAAAAUAUGUGCAGACCCCCCCCCCGUUGCAAUCUUGGGACAACAUUUCCCGGGAAGCCCAAUUCCUCAUUGUAACUAGUGGAGAACCCCCCCCUACAAUGAUCUCAAACAGUGUUUUUAAUACACAAUGAAAUUAAACACCGACUACUCCUUGCUAAUCAGAAAACUCUCAGGUAUGUUGUGGUGGACUGUCAUUACAAUUGCUUCACAGGAACCAAACCAGCUGAGCUAGCAAACCAGCUGAGCUAACAAACAAUGUAACAAAUGUAUAAUUUUGUAUAAAAUACUCCAACAGGCUCCGCAUUACAGGAAUCACAGUACCUCCUGGUGCACUGUUAAUUUAUUUAGCCAUUUUAAACAGUUUUUGAAGAAAAAUCACAUUUUCCCACUGCUUUCAUGUGUUUGAAACAAGAGCUUGAAUGAGGUGUCCUACUCCACAGCAGUUGCUUUCCAUUGGAGCAAUGCGAUUGGUUGGCCAAAACUCUGGGGCGGGACUUGGCAAAGGGUAAAUUCUAUCAGAAUGUUCUCUGACUUUGCACCUUCCUGAUGUAGCCCCUGGCCUUUUGGACUGGAUGCUGCCUGGAUGUCUCCCCAGGUACACGCUGUUCUUAAGAAUAUGCAUACCAGCAUAUGGUGCUCUUAUCCUGCAUAUUAGUGACUCUUAUUUAUUAAAGUCCUACUCCAGUCUCCAUUUUAGCUCAUUUAUCACCUGAUUUACUUAACAAAAGGCACAUCUCAAUUGGUGGCCUUUCCUCUUUUGGUCUUUAUUCUUGCAAGCAAAGGGGGAGGCCAAUGACAUCCGAAGGCACCAUCAGACCAAUGACCUACUCCAUUGGAGAUUCUUGUUUGUCAUUGUAAAUAAGAAUUUGUUCUUAACUGACUUGCCUAGUUAAAUAAAAAUUGAAAGCAAGCGGUUUUUCAUCCACAUUCAUUUUUCACGCCAUCUCUCCUCGAUUACCUUUGACCUUUUUCAAAAGGAGGUGAGAGGACGCAGGAGGCGAGGACAUCUAAUUGAGAAAAGGCCCAUGGGGUUUGCACUUGUCUAAAAAAAACAAUUUUGCUCAAAACAUUUUUUUACCCAUGUGUGUGUACAUUAUAUUUAUAUGUGGGAUAUUGUUUUUCAAUGGGAAAAGUUCAAAAAGUGUAUACAUCAGAAUAUUUUCCUUCACAGUAGGGGGGGGGGGUCGGAAUAAUGUAAUUUCAAUAUGAAUUGUUUUUUUUACACUGGAUCUAUAACAUACUUAAUAUUGAUUGAUGUUAGCCUAUUGUGGAAAUAUUAAAGUAGAUAUUUUGCCUAUA